AUGGAAAGGCUGAAGACUAAAAGAACGACCCGACGCGCGCAAAACACAAGACUCAUCAACGAGGCAAGUGCUCUCUUACAAAAUCAAGAUUCAACGAUUAGCCAGAUUACCACCGUGGCCGAAAGAUUGCGCGGCAAUAACGAUGAGCUCAGGAGGUUGAACGAAGAGUUUGAGGGACACGUACCAGAUGGUUCGUUCGAAACCGAAUUUCAGGCAGUCGUCCAAUACGAAGAUGAAGCGACUGCCACCAUCAGUGCCCUCCAAUGCAGAAAAGAUCUCCUAGAUCAGAUAUCGUCGUCUCGAGGGGCCUCUAGGGAACCUAGUCGUCACCCGAACGACACCCAAGGCAGCAGACAAGCUGGAACUAGGUUACCGAAGCUCACCAUUACGCCAUUCAAGGGUGAAAUAUCAAAGUGGUCAGCGUUCUGGGAACAGUUCGAUGAAACAAUUCACAAGAACGCCAGUCUGUCCACCAGCGAAAAGUUCGGCUACCUUCGAAUGUACUUGGGCGGAGAAGCGGAAGCAGCUGUGGCUGGAUUACCAAGGACAGAGACUUGCUACGCGGAUGCAAUUGAGAUCCGCAAUCGCCGUUUUGGAGACAAGAAACGAUUGGAGCAGGAAUAUUUCUCCAGUCUGAGGCUGAUUUCACCUGUCAAGUCAGCCAACGAUACCUCAGGUCUACGAACGAUGUUCGACCAGGUGCAAAUCAAUAUACGAGGCCUCCAGACAUUGGGUGUGAAUAAGUCAAGUUUUUCGUCGAUGCUCUGCGAUAUUUUGAUGCGAGCUCUUCCACGUGACAUCGUCGUGAACUACCACAGAACCGCUCAUUUGUCUGCGGCAACUGCCAUGCCUGGCCCAAGCAGCCAGCCUGACCGCUCAAAACUGGAUCGACUACUUGAUUUUCUAGCUAUCAAAGUCGAAAGUCGGGAGAAAAGCGAGUUUAAGAUCACAGAAACGAAGAACACAAAGACCACAAGAUAUGAGGACAACAUAGCUCGACGUGAAUCGUCUAGACCGACCUCAUCGGUGCUCUACAACAGACCCUCACCACAUAAAACGAGAUGCUGUUUCUGCAACGGAACAAGCCAUAGUUCUGCAGACUGUUCUUCCUCUCUUCCCCUGGAUUAG